CUGACUGGGUUUACUGGUUUACUGCGGGUACGGAGCGGCGGAGCGGAGACGCGCGCGCGCGGCUCUACGGAGACAAUGCGCGGGACCGGGGCGCGCUCGCGCUGCGCAGUGAGAGAGAGACGAUCCGCCUCUCCAGCGUAGUGAUUAUGGCGCAGCUGCGGAGCACGGAGACACGCACGAGCACUUCAGCGACACGCACGAGCACUUCAAUCCGGGAAAUUAUCUGGAGUUAAAGUCCGCGGUCGUGACUACUUAAUAUAUAUUUGUUUGAUAUAUGUGUUUAUAGUUGUCUGGUCACCACCAUGUCUCAGCUGUACUACCGGCGGCGGGACCCGUCCUGCUACCGGGACCGUAUCCCCCUGCGGGUGGUGCGGUCGGAGGCGGAACUGUCCUGUCAGGAGAAGGCGUACCUGAGCGCGGUGGAGCGCGGGGACUACGGCAGCGUGAAGCGAGCGCUGGACGAGGCCGAGAUCUACUUCAAGAUCAACAUCAACUGCGUGGACCCGCUGGGACGCACCGCGCUGCUCAUCGCCAUCGAGAACGAGAACCUGGAGCUGAUCGAGCUGCUGCUCAGCUACAACGUUCACGUGGGCGACGCGCUGCUCCACGCCAUACGCAAGGAGGUUGUGGGGGCCGUGGAGCUGCUGCUCAACCAUAAGAAGCCCAGCGGAGAGAAACAGGUUCCUCCUAUACUGCUGGAUAAGCAGUUCUCAGACUUCACUCCGGACAUCACCCCCAUCAUCCUCGCCGCUCACACCAACAACUACGAGAUCAUCAAGCUGCUGGUGCAGAAAGGCGUGUCAGUGCCUCAGCCCCACGAGGUUCGCUGUAACUGCAUGGAGUGCGUGUCCAGCUCGGACGUGGACAGCCUGCGCCACUCCCGCUCCCGUCUCAACAUCUACCGAGCCCUGUCCAGCCCGUCCCUCAUUGCCCUGUCCAGCGAGGACCCCUUCCUCACUGCCUUCCAGCUGAGCUGGGAGCUGCAGGAGCUCAGCAAGGUGGAGAACGAGUUUAAGACGGAGUACGAGGAGCUCUCGCACCAGUGCAAACGAUUCGCCAAAGACCUGCUGGAUCAAACCCGAUCCUCCAGAGAGCUGGAGCUCAUCCUCAACUUCAGAGACGACCUCAGCCUCCUGCAGGACCAGGAGUCCAACAACGAGCUGGCCCGCCUCAAACUCGCCAUCAAGUACCGGCAGAAGGAGUUCGUUGCUCAGCCAAACUGUCAGCAGCUGCUGGCCUCGCGCUGGUACGAUGAGUUCCCGGGUUGGCGGAGGCGGCACUGGGCCGGGAAGUUCAUCACCUGCGUCUUCAUCGGCCUGCUCUUCCCCGCCCUCUCCAUCUGCUACCUGGUGGCGCCCAAAAGCCGCUACGGCCUCUUCAUCCGCAAGCCCUUCAUCAAGUUCAUCUGCCACACGGCCUCCUACCUGACCUUCCUCUUCCUCCUGCUGCUGGCCUCCCAGCACAUCGUCUCCACCAAACCCAACCUCCAGGGCCCGGCACCCACCACUGUGGAGUGGAUGAUCCUGCCCUGGGUUAUAGGGUUCAUCUGGACGGAGAUCAAGCAGAUGUGGGACGGUGGAUUUCAGGAUUAUAUCCAUGACUGGUGGAACCUCAUGGACUUUGUUAUGAACUCUCUGUAUUUGGCCACCAUUUCACUAAAGAUAGUUGCAUAUGUGAAGUACAGCGGCUAUAAACAGAGGGAUAAGUGGGAGAUGUGGCAUCCCACGCUGGUGGCCGAGGCUGUGUUCGCCAUCGCCAACAUCUUCAGCUCCCUGCGGCUGAUCUCGCUCUUCACCGCCAACUCUCACCUGGGUCCUCUGCAGAUCUCACUCGGCCGGAUGCUCCUCGACAUCCUCAAGUUCCUCUUCAUCUACUGCCUGGUGCUGCUGGCCUUCGCCAACGGCCUCAACCAGCUCUACUUCUACUACGACACCAAGGACGACAGAGUCUGCAAGGGCAUCCGCUGUGAACACCAGAACAACGCCUUCUCUACGCUGUUUGAGACGUUGCAGUCUUUGUUCUGGUCCAUAUUUGGUCUGAUCGGUCUGUACGUCACCAACGUUCAAGCGGAUCACAAGUUCACCGAGUUUGUUGGAGCCACCAUGUUCGGCACGUAUAACGUCAUCUCGCUGGUGGUUCUCCUCAACAUGCUCAUCGCCAUGAUGAACAACUCCUAUCAGCACAUUGCUGAUCACGCUGAUAUCGAGUGGAAGUUUGCCAGGACUAAACUGUGGAUGAGUUAUUUUGAAGAAGGAGGAACACUGCCAACACCUUUCAACAUCAUCCCCAGUCCCAAGUCUAUAUGGUACCUCAUUACCUGGAUUAAGAUUCACGUUUUCAGGAGAAAGUCAAAGAGGACGGAGACUUUUGGAGUCCUGGGGAGAAGAGCUGCUGAAAAAGUCAGGCUAAAUAACCAGUACCAGGAAGUGCUGAGGAACCUGGUGAAACGAUACGUAGCAGCUAUGAUUCGAGACGCCAAGACAGAGGAGGGGCUAACAGAGGAGAACUUCAAGGAGCUGAAGCAGGACAUCUCCAGCUUCCGGUACGAGGUUCUGGGGAUGAUGAAGGGGAACCGAACCUGUUUGCCCACACCUAAACUGAGUACAGCAGCUUCAGACUCCGCCCACUCAGACUUUCUGUUCCAGUACUCCACACCUCCUCCUCAGAAGAGCACGGCGAGCGCUCAGAAGAUCAGUCCUGAGCACGUCCUGAAGCCCCCGAGCAGCCUUCUCAACGGCUCUGUGAACUCCUCCAACAAAGAUCUGGCCAGAAAAGACUUCCCCAAAGAUUUAUCAGACUUCGGCCUCCUGCAGAAAUCUCAACCAGCAGCCAGACGUCCUGCUUCAACCUCCAGCAACACCAUCUACCCGCUCUCAGAGGAGGAGUCCGACAGACCUGCAGAGGAGAAGCAGCAGAAAUGGACUGAGGGAGAGGUAGAGAAGGAGUGUGAAGAAAGAGAAGAGAAAGGAGAGGUGGAGGAUCCAGAAGGAAAGAUCAUCAUUAUCUCUCCAAAAGCAGCAAAGACCUGCAGUCUGUCAUCAACAGACACGUAACUCCAAGAAGAUGAAGUGCACUGAACAAAAUGAUGAGUAAAAUUUACUUAAAAAAAGUUUUGAAACUUAAGUAAAAGUAAAGUAAAUUUAAUUUCAUGUAAAUUUUAGUAACUUCAAUUUGGUUUCAAGAGUUAAAUGUUACACAGAGUAAAUAAGUGAACUGAACUUCAGUCAAUCCUUUCUUUUAGUAAACUUU